AUUAAUCCAUUAACCUGUGACUAGAUUGGCAAACAAUAAGGAAUGCGACAGUUGAACUCAAUUAUCAACUUACAUAAUUAAUGUAGGGACGGACGCCCCAACAAACAUAAAACUGGCUCAGUUUUAGCCAGUUAGCGCUAACAUUAGCCAGGUAACGCUAACGCUAGCUGGGACUUCUUAGCUGCUAGCCGGCAGCCAGCUCUCAUAUAAAGUCAGGGAGUGUCUCGCAACUAAUCCCACUCUCCGGUGAGAAGUUAUAUUUGUCUAUCCAAUGCAUUUGUUGCAGACUCUUCUUCACGCUGUAUGAAGCUGUUGUGAAUCUGGCGUGAAGCUAACGUUAAAGUUAACGUUACGUAGAGGACGUUACGUUACUGUAUUGUGGGCGGAUCUGAGGCAGCCAGUAGCUGGGGUGAUCUCCGGCGGCGUUAGCCAGAAAGGCUAGCAAUGACGGAUAAGAUUAUUCCUGCCGGGAUCUGGAUUGUGAGCCAGCAGACAUGAUUUUAUGGAGACCACCCUACAACUUUUGUACACACACAAAGCGACAGACAGACUUGACCGACAGAUUCGGGACGUUUUUGACAGGGGAAGACAAGAGGGAAACGGCGAGCGAACCGAGGAUAACUCCAUGUGCUGUUAUUCACUGCUGCUGGUAAGGGCCUGAGCUGAUUUGUCAGCUUUGUGUAGGUUUGGUUUUCACCCCCCAAGUGUCCUCUGGACAUCAGCUGACCAUGGUGGUCUGAAGAGAGGAAACGCAGGAAAAAAGCCUGGCUCAGUGUGUUCACCCUAACACGGCAAGGCUCAACCAAGAGAGGAGCAGCGACGGCCCGGAGCGAAGAGGAAAAAGCAUAUUUAAACACGAAAAUGUCUCAAAACAGAGAACUGGUGGUUUACUACAUAAACUAUAAACUAUCCCAGAGAAACUAUCCUCUCAACCACAUGGGACUCCAAACAGAGCCUCCAAACAGGACUGAUGGGGGGGAGGCGGGGUUGGGGGAGGAACAGCAGGUAGCGACGCACGCCAACGGGACUUUUAACGGCACGAGUCCCGGGACCCCACCGGUGUCCCCGCAGCGGCAGCAACGGUUGCCAUCAACGACGAGCCUGGACGCAGUGAAAGAAGCCCUCCGGGACUCGGCCAACGAGUUUGAGCUGCGGUACGCCCGCGCCUUCAGCGACCUGCACAACCAGCUGCACAUCACGCCGGCCACGGCCUACCAAAGCUUUGAGAACGUGAUGGACGAGGUGUUUCGGGACGGAGUCAACUGGGGCCGCAUAGUAGGGCUUUUUGCUUUCGGCGGGGCGCUCUGCGUAGAAUGCGUGGAGAAGGAGAUGAGUCCGCUGGUGGGCAGGAUCAUAGAGUGGAUGACGGUCUACCUGGACAACCACAUUCAGCCCUGGAUCCAGAGCCAAGGAGGAUGGGAGCGCUUUGCUGAGAUCUUCGGGCAGGACGCAGCGGGAGAGAUCAGGAGGUCUCAGGAGAGUUUCAAAAAGUGGCUGCUGGCGGGGAUGACCCUGGUGACCGGGGUCGUGGUGGGCUCUUUCAUUGUCCAGAAACGCCUGUGAGGGGAGAUGCACGACAACCUUCCUUCCCCCACCUGCCUGCCUACACACCACAGAAGUUAAAGUGAAGGUCCUGUUUAUUUGUCUCGUCAGAACUGCUGAUGAUGUUUACUCUUUUUUUUUUUUUUUUUUUUUUCCCACUCACGUCCUUCAGCGGACUAAGAAUCAUCACAUGUUGUUGAACUUUUGAGAAAAAUCCAGAUAGGAGGGAGGAUGUUUGUCUGUCGUCUUCAUGUGUUCACCUCCCUGAUGAAAAUCGUGUGGUCAUACAGCAGCAGAAAUACUAUUCUUUCAUUCACUGAACCAAUUGUUCCUUCUAUCCUCUCUCUACUGGUUCCUGUAUACGUUCCUAUUCUUCAUGUUUGUAUGUAUUAGUUUUAACAAAUUUUGGUUUCCCAUUUUUGUUCCUCAAAAGAGGCUGAUCUUCACAUUAACCCCAACCUGUCUGAUAUAAAGAGUCAGUGUGCCGUGGGGCCUGGGUUGCUGUACAUGUCUCGUCUUGAAGCUUGUUUUGUUGCUCGUCCCCACAGACGGCUCUACAAUAGCUUUGUAUGUGCCAUAUGAAGAGUGAAAGCAGGGGAGGAUGUAGCACCUGCCCCUGAACAGCUUCUGUAGUUCCCACUGCCUGCCAGCCAUCCUGAUCACCAACACAUAUAAGAAACAUCAUAAUCCAUGACUCCAUACGCUGAUUGUCUCGCUCUGUCCUUCAUGCUUAUUGUUUGGUAUGAAUGGUAAAUGAAAAGCAGUCAAACUGAUUUUCUCUUCAUAAAACAUGGGAGUCUUAAACUAAAAAGCUAAUGGGAAGCUAACUCCUCUGCUUGUUUGUGUUUGUUUGGUUUUGGAUUUGUGAACCAUUAAAGCCCCACUGCUCCCGCUGGUCUGUGCUUUAUGGUCAUACUUGGCCUCGGUUUGAUCCUGUUUGUGUUUAGUCAGCCUGCAGAGUGCCAGACCACUGUGUGUGGCAAGUUCUCAGAAUCAGUGUAACUGCAGUUCAUACAAGCAGGGCGCCAUGGCUCCGACCCUCCAUGUUUACUACACAGUAGCUGAAGAAUGCAGCAAAUACUGUAGCAACACAUACAAAUAGAUAGAGCAGCAGCAGUCACAGCAACACCACCUUGAACUGUCUCAAGGGUUAGGCAUAUUUGGAUCUACUUUAUUUUAACCCACCUUAUUUAGCAUUUAUUAGCAGUGUAUAAACAUAACAAAUGGUUUACAACGCACGAUAAUAUAGUUCUGAGUAGGGCUGUGUAUUGGCAGGAAUCUGGCGAUACGAUAGGUAUCACUAUACAGGAGUUACGAUUUAAUAUGUUGUGAUACUGUAAGAAAGACGAUAGUAUGUCUUUCUUAAAAGCUAAUUUUAGGAAAACUGUCGUCGUAUAACCGUCAGUUUAUGUUUACAGCACUGCUUUCUAGCGGUUGGGGGUUCAAACACAAAAUUCGAUAGUGUUUUUGAGAAUAUCGAAUAUUGAAAUCGAUAUUUUUCACAAAACAAAAUACCGUGAUACUUAAGUGUAUCACAUUCCUUACACAUCUAGCUGUACGCAUGUAUAAGGACAUUUUUAAGUGUUUCUUAAUGUUAACAAUCUCCUAUGAAGCAUCUAUCACUGGCAUAUUAACAGUUAAUGAAUCAUAACUUUUUUAAUCAUAUUUAAUGAUGUAUAAUUACACACAAAUCCUGACAGUGUGAUAUUAGACAUUUAUUAUACCUUGAUAUUAUUAUUUAUAUAGAUUUUUCCUUUUUUCUUUUACCAAGAUUCAUAUUGAGCGGGACGUUUUACACUGUAAAAAUCUACUGGUGGACAGACUGUGUUGAUCUAACCCAUUUAUUGCUGUAGCGGUAGUAACAUCUGUGUUUUAUUAUUAUUCAUUCAUUCUCUGUUUAUAAUCCACUUAUAGAUGCCAAUUGUGGACAAUAAUACAUUAAUAAACACUUAUAUGAAAUAUCCUUAUAUGAGGUUACACCUAGAUUGCAAUGUGUUAGAAACUGUUAAUUUAUUGCUGAGAGGGCUGAUCAGUUCAUUGAUGUAUAUGUACAAUGAGUCAAGGGCACACAAUUCGGAUAUAACUGAAUUCCGACUAUCAAGUAAAACUGACUGGUUCCAGCUUCUUAAAUGUAAGGAUUUGCUGCUUUUCUCUGAUGUUCAUUGAUUCUAUAAUUUAAUAUAAAUGGAACGUGUUUGGACUGUCGGUCUCAAAGAACAAGACAUUUGAAGAGUUUACCUUGGGCGCUGGGACAUUGACCAUUUUCUGACAUUGACUAAAAGAAAACAAAAGGCUCGACAAUGACAAUAAUCUUUAGUUACAGCCAUGUUUGUACUACUCAAUAGUAGGGGUCGAAUAAAGUUUUGGAGUUAUUUCCCUGAUCAUUUUGCAAUAAAAUCCUAAUCAUGUGCUGCAAUGCUCAAACAGAAGACUAUUUUUCCCAUUUCUUUCCUCUGUGCUAAUUAAAUAAUUACUCCUUAUUUCCGAACCUUUAGUCAAAUCUUCCAUUUAUCAGUGACACAGUUAUCACCAGAGUGAACAUCAUAGCCUUUUCAAGAUUUAUGUAGCAAACUGAUGAAGCAGCUCUGCAUCAGACCUUAUUUGAGUUAGAUUUGAUUAUAAAUGUGUCAUGAUGUGUCUGUUUACCAUCUCAAGCCAAUCAACAACUGUCAGUGGCUGUAGGAGCGUAAAAACUAGACACCCAAACCUUCAUAUCCCAUCUCACACACGCUCACUCCAAGUUAUCCAUGCAUUGCUAUCACAGCCCCCCACCACACACACACACACACUUCUCCUCCUCUCCCCAGACACCUCAAAUCUGUCAAAUCUCCAUCCGUCUCUCCUCCUCUUUCCCUCUCCAUCCAGCUCUACCUCUUCCUCUGCGCUCCCCCGGCUGUCACUGCACCUAGUCACGUGUGUCAGUCACAGCUGGCCCACCUGCUGCUUCCCACAAACACACCUCGGCGCGUGCACAGCGUUUGGAAUAAACACACCUGCCAGUCAACGAGAGACAGGGAGAGGAAGACCUUGUCUUUGUUUCUAGACAUCUUUAAUUUAAAGCUGAAGUCAGAGGAGUGUUUGUCGCCUGCCGUUUCAAGCACCAGUACCUGGCAGCUCGAUUAAUUUACCAGGAAGGGAGGGGAGGUCGGGUGUACUCCUCCCUGUUCCCAGUGCUUUAAUCUUGAUCUUAUUCCAAAUACUGUCUCCAGCCAGGGGCGUAGUAAGAGUCGUGGCAGAAAUAUAUGUUGAUUUAGUGGCAUAUAUAUCAAUAUUUGCUUGGAGAAGCGCCCAAAUGAAGAUACUUGAACUCGAAAACAUUAUUGUGGCACAUUAGUGAAGCAUUGAAUAGAAAAGGUGGCAUUAGACAUUUUUACAACUACAGAUCAUGAAAGUAACAUGUUAUUUUUUAAAAUUAAUGUGUUAAAUUUGACAGCAUUUGAUGCAAAACUCUGGUGGCAGCUGGGAUGGGCAGGCUUUUUUUUUUAUAGGCGUGGCAGCUGCCACCCCUCGAGGUCCGCCCCGUCUCCAGCUAACAACAAUGCGUCCGGAGUUCUAUUCAUGUGUGUUCUAGCAGCUCAAUAAAGCACAAUACAGCUUUGUUGCAGGACAGGCAGGCGCCAUUUUCUCAUCAAAGAAGGGUUCAGGAUUGAGCUGUGUGGAGCCCAGAGUCAACGUAGAGGGAAGGGAGGGUAAAAGAAAAAGAAUCUGGACUGACGCGUGAAACGUCCCAUCACUUCACUGUCAGUGCGAGUGUCUCUCUCCAUCCAUGUCCACUUCUGCUCCUUUCCAUCGUCACAGGUCACAUCAUCAUGAACAUUUACACACAUGGGAUUCUCUUUCUAAAGUCCUUCCAACAAACAUUUCACCAAAUAAAGGCAAACUGAAUAUCAUCCUCCAAACUCUUGUGUCCAGAGCAUCUUAUUAGCUGAGCUCUGCUCUCAUACAUUCCAGUACAGUAUAUAUUUUUCUAGUGUGUGCCCCACCAAGAAGCUGCUCGCAGGCUUUUCUCUGCUGUCCUGGCCCUCACUGAAACAAGUUCCCUUCCUACACGUGUGUGUGUGUGUGUGUGUGUGUGUGUGUGUCUGUAUGUCUGUGUGUCUGUGUCUGUGUAUGCGUGUGUGUGUGUCUGUGUCUGUGUGUGUGUGUGUGUGUGUGUGUGUGUGUGUGUGUGUGUGUGUGUGUGUGUGUGUGUGUGUGUGUGUGUGGCGAAAUGUUCUUGAAGGAGGCACAAAUGAAGGAGGUGUGACAGCAUUGACACAAUGCUAUAUAUAUAUAUAUGCUAGUUAUUUAAACUGAUUAGAAUAGUAUGUUAGCUUAGUAACAUAUUUAAGAAAAACAGAAUUGAUGAUGGCUUUUAAACAUUAUUUAUAUUUGUUGUAAAAAGCAUAAUUGUGCCCCUUCAAAUGGCCUUAACUCCAUCUUUACGUUGAUGUGUGUCGUCAUUUGUUGUGUUCUUUUUUUAAGAUUAUUGGACUGCCACUAGACAAGAAAAUGCAAACAAAGUGAGAGGAUAUUUUCAGAAAGUUAGGUCUCCAAUGCAUUCUUGUCAGUCAUGAUGAAUACAGAGUUAAAGAUCGCAACCAUGUCCAAUGGUCUGUUUGUCUUUGAAUGCCAUUGUAAAAUUUGAAAUGACAUUGAACCUAAUAAAGCCCAUGUUGAAAGAU